ACGGCUCUUCUUCACUCACCCACCACACACGUGUCUGGGCCGGCAUGGCGGACCUGAGUAUGAAGAUUCUGCGCAAGCGGCUCGCGAAAAAGAACAGCAAACUCCGGAGCACUGGCAAAGCCGCGCCAGUGCCCAGGCCUGCACCGGUCCAGGAGGAGGUGGAAGAAGGAGGAGCAGCAACAGACGCAGCGAAGGAGGAGGAGAGGGUGGCCCCAGACGUUGGGAACGCGAGCCCCUCGGCCCCCGCAGAGAACGGGAGCCAGGAAGCGCAGGGGAAGAAGCGACGGAAGAGAAAGAAGAAGCAACCAACGGGCAACGACGCGGAUGGCACUGAGAGCAAGAGGCCGCGCGGCGAGGAAGUCGAGGCCGACGGGGAGAACCAAGAGCAGACGGACGACGAGAAGCGGAGUGGAGAGGGAACGGACGGGGAGACGAAGGACGGUGACAACGAUGACGAUGGACCCGCCCUGCCCAUCGGCACCACCGGUGCGUUUGAGGACAUGUCGUUUUCGUCGCUGGCGGGGCUGGUGUCCGAGUACACGCUGAAGGCCGUGGCCGAGAUGGAGUUUACCACCAUGACGGAGAUCCAGCACAAGAGCAUCCGCCCUCUGCUCGAGGGCCGGGACAUCCUGGCGGCGGCACAAACGGGGAGCGGCAAGACGCUGGCGUUCCUCAUCCCGGCCAUCGAGCUCAUCUACAAAAUCAAGUUCAUGCCUCGCAACGGUACGGGCGUGCUCGUGUUGUCGCCGACACGGGAGCUCGCCAUGCAGACGUACGGCGUGCUGCGCGAGCUCAUGAAGCACCACGUGCACACUUACGGCCUCGUCAUGGGCGGCAGCAACCGCACCGCCGAGGCGCAGAAGCUCGCCAAGGGCAUCAACAUCCUGGUGGCCACACCGGGCCGUCUGCUCGAUCACAUGCAGAACACGAACACGUUCAUGUACAAGAACCUGCAGUGCCUGGUGAUCGACGAGGCUGACCGCAUCCUGGAGGUCGGCUUCGAGGAGGAGAUCAAGCAGAUCAUCCGCCUGCUGCCCAAGAAACGGCAGACGAUGCUGUUUUCGGCGACACAGACGCGAAAGAUCGAGGAUCUGGCCAAGAUCUCGCUGAAGAAGGAGCCGUUGUACGUUGGCGUGGACGACCACAAAGAAACCGCCACCGUGGACGGCCUGGAGCAGGGCUACGUGGUGUGCCCAUCGGAGAAGCGCUUCCUGCUGCUCUUCACCUUCCUCAAGAAGAACCGCAAGAAGAAGAUCAUGGUGUUCUUCUCCUCCUGCAUGUCCGUCAAGUUCCACUACGAGCUCUUCAACUACAUCGACCUCCCCGUCAUGGGCAUCCACGGCAAGCAGAAGCAGACAAAGCGCACGACAACGUUCUUCCAGUUCUGCAACGCCGACUCGGGGACGCUGCUCUGCACCGACGUGGCGGCACGCGGCCUCGACAUCCCCGAGGUCGACUGGAUCGUCCAGUUUGACCCCCCCGAUGACCCCAAGGAGUACAUCCACCGCGUGGGCCGUACAGCGCGCGGUAUCGGAGGCCGAGGCCACGCGCUGCUCAUCCUGCGCCCCGAGGAGCUCGGAUUCCUGCGCUACCUCAAGCAGGCGCGGGUGCCGCUCAGCGAGUUCGAGUUCUCCUGGUCCAAGAUCGCCGACAUCCAGUCCCAGAUGGAGAAGCUGAUAGAGAAGAACUACUACCUGCACAAGUCUGCGCAGGAGGCCUACAAAGCCUACGUGCGGGCCUACGACUCUCACUCGCUCAAGCAGAUCUACAACGUCUCCACGCUGGACCUGCAGAAGGCCGCGCUGUCCUUCGGGUUCCGCGUGCCGCCCUUCGUCGACCUCAACGUGCACAGCAGCAAGGGCAAGGGCCUGCAGAAGCGCGGAGGUGGCGGUGGUUUCGGCUUCGGCCACCAGAAGAGCUGGCACGACUACGGCGCCAAGACCUACAAGCACGUGGGCAGGGCCGGCGGAGCCGUGGGCAAGGCCGGCAAGGCCGGCAAGACCGGCAAGACCAGCGGCGCCGUGGGCAAACCCGACCGGCGCCAGUUCACCCGAUGAGCUGUGCCAGGCCCCCUCCCCGCCCCUCCACGCUCCCUCCCCCUCUCCGCCCCCUCCCCACCCCCUCCCCUCCCCUCCAUGCCCCUCUCUGCCCCCUCCCCACCCCCUCCCCCUCCAUGCCCCCUCUCCGCCCCCUCCCCACCCAUUCCCCGCCAACCUCUCUGUUCGGGAUGAGUUUCCAUUUAUACAUUUCGCAGGUUAUAUUUGUCUUUAGGUCGUCGACGUUGCGUAAAUAAUUUAUCGUAGUAACGUGUCACCCACGUUACUCCACUUUUGGGGGGUUGAAAACACGGAUGAAGUGUCUGUGUGACGUAAUUUCCCGCGACACUGUAGGAUAAAACCAAAUUGAAUUUGGCAUCGACUGGAAUGUACUCAUUCGUACUGGUCGCGAAAGUCUUCGUGCCAAACUGAAAUAUCGUACGUUAGACGUGGCUUUCAACAUUUUAUAGAUUUUAGUGUCGUUUAUCAACCCAUCCCGAUGUGUUUCCUUAUUCAGACAACUCAGGGAGACACCUAUGUCUCAUUGUUGUCCCCCAAUCCAGCAGUGGAAAUUCCACAUUCCCAGGGCAGGGGCCAGUCAGACUUCACUCAGUGGGUGGUAGCGCUCGUACUCCUCUACUUCGUGUCACGCCCUUCCCACAGCCAUCCGUGUUGUCGGAUCGAAUCCAGGUUCAAGACCUCUCUUAACUCUGCCUAUAACUAACUUGUUUAUAUAUGUGUAUAACAAAUAAAAAACAACUCCUUUUGCCAGAA